GGGUCCUGGGCCGCGCCGGGGCUUGUGUCAAGUCCCUAAGUCUGCUACCUGUAUGCCAGAAGGGGACAGGAGUGGGUUAGCGGUGGGAUUCUUCACUCGUCCUCCGCACCGCGGUUUAUUUAAAGGAAAAAGAAAAGCUUUAAUUAUGUACAAUUAUAUACCGUAACCACACUUUGGAGAACUUGGCAGUUAAUGAAAUAUUCACAAGGACGCUCAAGCCGCUUCCAGACUUGUUGGCCAAGACUGUAGUUUUGCUGUAUCUUUUUUAUUCUCGGAAAAUGAUGUAUCCCUUCCUUCAAUACACAGUUAAUCGGCUAUUCUGCGUCUGAGUAUUUUUCUAGGCCUUAGGCUGGCGGGAUAGCAGGUGUCUCUGUUGACUUGAUAUUAUUUCCUCUGGAUACCAUUAAAACCAGGCUGCAGAGCCCCCAGGGAUUUUAUAAGGCCGGUGGUUUUUAUGGCGUAUACGCUGGAGUUCCUUCUACUGCUAUUGGAUCCUUUCCUAAUGCUGCUGCCUUUUUUGUCACCUAUGAAUAUGUGAAAUGGAUUUUGCACACUGAUUCUUCUUCACAUUUGAUGCCUGUGACACAUAUGUUGGCUGCAUCGGCUGGAGAAGUGGUUGCCUGCCUGAUUCGAGUUCCUUCUGAAGUAGUUAAGCAGAGGGCACAAGUAUCUGCUUCUUCAGGAACAUUUCACAUUUUCUCUAACAUCUUAUGUCAAGAGGGCAUCCAAGGAUUAUAUCGAGGCUACAAAAGCACUGUUUUAAGAGAGAUUCCUUUCUCAUUGGUCCAGUUUCCCUUGUGGGAGUCCUUAAAAGCCCUCUGGUCCUGGCGGCAAGAUCAUGUGGUGAAUUCUUGGCAGUCAGCAGUCUGUGGAGCUUUUGCAGGUGGCUUUGCAGCUGCAGUCACCACGCCUCUGGACGUGGCCAAAACAAGAAUCAUGUUGGCAAAGGCUGGUUCCAGCACCGCAAGUGGGAACAUCCUCUCUGCCCUGCACGCGGUUUGGCAGACACAGGGGCUGUCGGGAUUAUUUGCAGGUGUCUUCCCUCGAAUGGCAGCCAUCAGUCUGGGGGGUUUCAUCUUUCUUGGUGCUUAUGACCAAACACGCAGCUUUCUGUCGGAACUUGGCAGAGAGAGCCCCUGAAUCAGAGACGGCCCCUGCCUUCAAGAAAGGAUCCUGCUGUGAGAAGAGUUUCCCUUCCAUUGAGCAGCUGUCCAGCCAUCUGAACAACGAGACACAGUGCGGAAGCCCAGUCCCGCUCGGGUUACAACAUGGAGGACACGUCUUCCGCGCUGCAGGCUGGCUGGGGUGACGUCAUCGGCUUGUUUGCCAGAGUGGAGAGAGAGAGAAUGAUGUCCACAGCGGUACUCUGAACAAUUUUUUUCUCAGAACCCCUCAAUAAAUAAGCAUGGUAAUGCUGA